UAUUUUGACUAUGUGUUGCCGCUAAUGAUUCUAAUCACCGUGCUGGACCCAUAGCAGUUGCUUUGCUUCUGCUUCUGCUGCUGCUUUUUUUUUUACACAAGCAGAUUUUGCAAUGUCUUCCUAUCUACUCGGUCUCUGGGAUUAGAGAGUCAGACGCAUGGCUCGCCGGCUCCGCUUGCAUUUUGCGUCGAGAAGGAGCAACACUGACCCUUUGUCAGAGAGCUGUAGUGGUCAUGACGAGGAGAGCGGUCUGGGAGCUUUUCCCCGCAGUCCUUCUGAGAGUCUGGCGCACAGCUCGGUCCACAUGAAGGUGACUCCAGGGCAGCUGGCCCUGGCUUUGCCUCCACUGUCACCGGAGUACAGUAAUUUACAGCGCUACUCGUCCGUAUUUAUACCCAAGGUUAACGGCUCGACGAACAAGAAGAGCAUUCUACAGAUCUCCCUGCAGCCCAGCCGGUUGGGUGGAGAGUUGGAGGGGAGUGCAGGCGAUGAUGGGGAGAAGGCUGACUGCGAGGGUGGCGUGGGGAGUAACUCAGACGGGGGGUCGUGUAGCAGUAGCACGAUCAGCGACGCUGGCUACUGCAGUAGCAGCAGCAUAUUUGAACCUGAUCUGCCUGAGAGGAAGGCGGUGACGGGCACUGGGGCACAAGCCAGUGAACGGAGUGCACCCCGGCGGAAGACCCGGGUGCCCCUGCGGCGUUGCUCCUCGCUGGUGAUCUUCCCACGGAGCCCCUGUAACACGCCGCCAGCCUCCCCCGUCAGCCCGGUAGCCCUGCCCGUGGUGCCCCCAGCACGAGGCUCCUACCAAACCUCUCACCAACUCCAGCUGUCUUCCAGCGACAUCGCACAAGAUGACCCGCAAGCGACCUCCAAAGGAUCUGUCGCCACGGCACUCAGCGGCCUGAGGCUGUCCAAGAGCAGCUGUGCGUCAGCUGAGCUCAGAGACGCUAGGCCCAUUGUACAUUUCAGCAUCCCUCAGCUGGAGAGGCCAGAAGAACGGAAUGACUGCGGCAAGACGGAGGAUAAAUCCACACACAUGGAGCGGACAGAGAGGCACUCUAGUGUACUUCUGCACUUUGCCAACCAGUGGGCAGCACCUUUGACAAAAGAGAAUCCAAUCGAGGCAAUGGUGAAUGUUGAUUCAGGCAACACCCAUUAUGAGGCUUUGAAGCCCAUUGAUAAACCUGAGUCCGGGACCGUGAAACUUUAUCGAAGUACUUCUGCUUGCUUGUUGCCAACAUCCAAACUAGCAGAGAAGACAAAUAAUGUGUGGGUAAAUACUGGUGAAAUAAUUGAAGAAAAGGGAGGGCAUCAUGCGUUUCAGCGGAGCAUUUCUCUGGAAGUGCCCUUGGUACACAGAGGGAUUUCAUGCCAUUUUUCCAAACCAGCGUACAGUAGCCUCAAGAACGGCUCUCCCCAGGUUCACAUACAUGUGUCCCAUGGAACAAGGGUAGGAAACACUGGAUCCUCAAUGGAUAUGAAAUCUAAUGAAAAAAGGGAUCACUCUCAGACCAACGCUGGAGGAAACACAUUAACUCGAGAUGACUUUCUGGGCCAGGUGGAUGUGCCUCUGCACCAAAUACCAACAGAAAAUCCUAACACAGAGAGACCAUACACAUUCAAGGAUUUUCUCCUUCAUCCAAGAAGCCACAAAUCCAGAGUCAAGGGCCAUCUACGUCUCAAGAUGACAUAUCUGCCCAAGAACAGCGGCUCUGAGGAGGACACCAGCGAACAGAAUGAAGACCUGGAUCCAGGCUGGGAGUUUCUGGAGGGUCAAGAUAUGUCCGGGCCUCGGCACAACCACCAGCUGCCUGCUCUGCCCCCUGGCUGGGAGGAGCGGCAGGACAACCUGGGCAGGACCUACUAUGUCAACCACGAGACCAGGACCACACAGUGGCAAAGACCCAUCUUGCAGGAUAGCCAGGUGGAGGCAGAGCAGCGUCAGCACAGUCACCUGGAAGCCCAGCGGGCCUUCAUCACCCGCCGGCAGAUUUCGGAGCACGAGGAGAUGUCAGGCGAGCGGCGCGAGUCUCCCGAGAGCUGGGAGAUCAUCGCUGAGGACGAGAACGCCCUGUUUAGUGCCAGCCCCAGCGCCGGCCCCAGCGCAGGUCUCGGUUCCAGUGAACGCUCGCCUCCCUCGCCCCAUUCCCCCCGCUCCCCCUGCUCCCCGCGCUGCCCCAUGGAGUACCACUCCUUCUGUGACGAGCUGAGCCGCCUGAGCACCAGCGCUGCCGCCACACCCACCGACAGACGCACCUCCCUCACGCCACAGGGCCGCUCAAGCCGCAGAGGAAGUGGGCAGACCCUGACGGCAGAAGAACAUCCUGUUCACCCAGUGUUGCUGCCCACAUCUGUGGGCCUUCCCCCAGGGUGGGAGGAGAAGCGGGACUCUAAGGGUCGGGUUUACUACGUCAACCACAACAACAGAACCACUGCAUGGACGCGACCACUCAUUCAGCAGACGACUUCAGAGGCGGCCCAGGCAGCUUUGGCUCAGGCUGGUGUGUCUCAGGCUGGUCUGUCCCCAGCAGCUUUGUCUCAAGCUGGUGUCCCCCCGGCAGCUUUGUCUCAGGCCAGUGCGUCCCCGGUGGCUAUGUCCCCGGCUGCUGCGGCUAUGUCCCUGCCGUCUGGGCACCAGGCGUCCGUGCGCUCUCCUGAGGCAUCUCCGCUGAACUCCCCCGGCCCACAGCAGGCCUACGAGUCCGGCUUCUUGCCCAACGGCUGGGAGGUGCGCAGUGCCCCCAACGGAAGGCCCUUCUUCAUCGACCACAACACAAAGACCACCACAUGGGAAGACCCUCGGCUGAAAAUCCCUGUGCACAUGAGGAAACAGCCCUCACUUGAUCCUGGUGACCUGGGACCAUUACCACCUGGCUGGGAGGAGCGAGUCCACAGCGACGGGCGGAUAUUCUACAUAGAUCACAACACUAAGACCACCCAAUGGGAAGAUCCCAGACUACAGAACUCGGCCAUUACAGGACCAGCAGUGCCUUACUCCAGAGAUUAUAAGCAGAAGUAUGACUAUUUCCGGAAAAAGUUGAAGAAACCGGUGGACGUCCCCAACCGCUUUGAGAUGAAGCUGCGCAGGAACGCCGUGCUGGAGGACUCCUACCGGCGCAUCCUGUCCGUCAAGCGGCCCGACGUGCUCAAGGCUCGCCUCUGGGUCGAGUUUGAGGGAGAGAAAGGCCUCGACUACGGCGGGGUGGCCAGGGAGUGGUUCUUCCUGAUCUCCAAGGAAAUGUUCAACCCCUAUUAUGGGCUGUUUGAGUACUCUGCCACGGAUAACUACACACUGCAGAUUAACCCCAACUCUGGCUUGUGUAAUGAGGACCACCUGUCCUACUUCAAGUUCAUUGGCCGUGUGGCUGGCAUGGCUGUCUACCAUGGCAAGCUGUUGGAUGCCUUCUUCAUCCGCCCUUUCUACAAGAUGAUGUUGCAGAAGUCCAUCACACUGCAGGACAUGGAGUCUGUGGAUAGUGAGUACUUUAACUCGUUGAAGUGGAUUCUGGAAAACGACCCCACAGACCUGGACCUGAGGUUUACUAUUGAUGAGGAGCUCUUUGGCCAGACUCACCAGCAUGAGUUGACUCCGGGAGGUGCAGACAUCAUAGUCACUGACCGCAACAAGAAGGAAUACAUACAUCUGGUGAUGCAGUGGAGGUUUGUCAACCGCAUCCAGAAGCAGAUGACUGCUUUCAAAGAGGGCUUUUAUGAACUCAUACCACAGGACCUGAUCAAGAUAUUUGAUGAAAAUGAGUUGGAGCUGCUAAUGUGUGGUCUGGGAGAUGUGGACGUGAACGACUGGAGAGAGAACACCAAGUACAAGAAUGGUUACAACCCCAACCACCCCGUCAUCCUUUGGUUCUGGAAGGCGGUGCUCCUGAUGGACGCAGAGAAGCGCAUCCGUCUGCUGCAGUUUGUGACGGGCACGUCGAGAGUGCCCAUGAAUGGCUUUGCCGAGCUCUAUGGCUCCAAUGGCCCACAGUUGUUCACCAUUGAACAGUGGGGCACACGAGACAAACUCCCCAGAGCUCACACAUGCUUCAACCGGUUGGACCUGCCUCCCUACGAGUCUUUUGAGGAACUGCGAGAGAAGCUGCUCAUUGCGAUUGAGAACGCCCAGGGCUUUGACGGCGUGGACUAAGUCUCCUGCUUCUGUGCCUGACUCCGUUUGGGAGAUUGCAAACGUCUGUGUGGCGCGUAUGGAGCAACACUGGGGGGAAGUGAAGGCCUCUGGAGUGGACUGAGAAACAGGGGAGCUGGUGGGGGGGCAUCUGGAGUGGACUGAGAAACAGGGGAGCUGGGGGGGCAUGUGUGGACAGAUCCCCACCACAGUGAGACUCCUGAUGCAGGGCCCUGAGCACUGCUCUACCCUUCCUGCUGUUCAGACAUUUGGAGAGCGCAGAGAGGGGACUGUACCACUAUCUUAACUCUAUAUAUCACCACUCACCUUGGAGGUUUACAGGAAUCAGUUUUGAAUGCCAUGUACAUAUAUAUCUGUAUACAAAUGUAUGCUAUUCUGAAACAUCUGUAGAUGCUUUUUAACUAUGCCUUGCAGCAAACGGAUACAGAUGUAAUCAUUAUCUCUGUAUGUUUCAAUGUAAACAUAAUCUCUGGAAAGCUGCACUUUGUGAAGUGGGUGCACUAGCUUAGAUAAACAACUGCCUUUCUUAGAAGAUCAGGUUUUCUGGUAAUACAAUAAUAUUAUCCCUUCAGUAAGGUUUGAUAUAAGCAUAUUGUCAACAUGUACAAUCACAGUUAAUAUCAAAAGAUCUGAUAGUAUCAAAGUUAUUUUCCCUGAUAAUAGUAUCAAAGCUCUCUUUUCUAGUACUUUAUUCUGUGUGGGUUUGAAAGCUAGGACCAGACCUAAACUUGAAAACUACUUUCUGUUUGAAGCUGUCAGUGGAUAUUCCUCUUUAAAGUAAACAAUCAGUUGCUGGUUGUGUCGGUUUCGUGAUCUCAGCUGAUGGGCUGCUUCUCGCUGCCGUAAUGCUGGCGGCUGUGUUCUCUCUCUGCACAAAGUCUUGUGGUUUGUGCCAUCAUGGCUUUCUACUCCACAGCAUCCUUUUUGAAAUAGGUUGGUAUGACCUGUUACAAAAAACACACGUUUACACUCUGCUGUCUGUUUACAGAUGACUCAAAAUGUGCUUGACUUAUUUCACUUUUAGUCUACUUUUGUACUCUUUUAGUUUGUUUUCUUUUGGUUUUGCCGUUUUGGAAUUUCAGGCACUUUUUUAAAAGAAAGGACAAAAGGACAAACUUUUUAAGUCUUACUUGAUCUCUGCCAAUCAGCUCUUUUAAAUUGCUGUUAAGUAUCUUGGCUUGACCUGUACAUUUGACACGAGUUAAUGUUUACAUGUAAACAUUGCUGAUUUUAAGCACAUUCUUUCCCUCACCUGUAAUUUACCUUGACUGUUAAAUUACAAUGCCUUUAAUUGUAAGAUAAGCUUUUAUCGAAGAUGAAUUGUAAUAAAGAAAGUAUUGUUAAAUAUCAUUAAAAUAUUGUAUAACUAAGAGUUAUGUCAAGAUAGAUUGCAUAAUUUAUACAGAUCUGUCCAUUUGGACUUGUCAAAAAGUGCAUUUUGUAUCAGUGUGUGGAUAGGAUGGAAGGAAGUACCUUAUUUAGGUUGAAGAAAUUGUUGAUUUGUUUUUCCCUGGCAUGCCAAAGUCAUUGCCAUAUUUUUGAAAAAAGAAUAAAAGAAAGUUUCUCUUCA